AUGGGACCCUCCCAGCACAGCUCCAAAGAGCUAAGGGACAUCCAUUCAGAUCUCUUCUUUUUCCAUAAAACAAUCACGAACUUAGACCGAGAGCUGAAGACGAGCGAGGAAGAUCAAGGCAGACUCAAAGCCCUACGCGGCCUUCAAAAGCCUCUCGAAACAUCUCAAAAAGCUUUGGACACGAUCAAGAUUCGGCUGGAAGAUGUGACGUUCGUGCGCAAACACGUGUUUGGAGCCCGUUUCGAUCAGCAACUGAAGGUCUGUUUAAGGUCUUCUGCACAUCUGCUGGUUACUUUGCGCCCCGCAAGCUCUAUCCCACAUGACUUCCAUGAUGCAGUACAUCUCGAGAUCCAUGCUUCAGACACCGAUCUCGAGAACUAUACACGAUCCAAGACCCGGCAAGACCGUCGCUUAGCACGUCAUAUGGCGCAGGAUCCCUCUUUCCAAGAAGAGGUCGUGGCGACAAUUGUUGGUAACGCUAGAGGCAUGUUCUUGCUAGUCCAGUCACACUUGGAAUCGCUUGCGAAACAGAAGACCAAGAAGGACAUGCGCAAGGCUCUAAGCUCUUUACCCAAGGAACUAAACAAGACUUACGAUGACGCCAUGAAAAGAAUUCGAUCUCAAGACCCAGAGUCUGUUCGCGUAGCUGAACGCGUUUUAGCCUGGAUUUCCAAAGCCCGGAGGCCAUUUUCUGUGGAAGAGCUUCAACAUGCACUUGCGGUUCAGCCUGGCGAGAACAACUUUGACGAAGAGAGACUCUAUGCUGAGGAUGAUCUUGUCUCUGUCUGCGCCGGGUUAGUGACCGUGGACCGAGAAAGUCAGGUCAUUCGUUUGGUCCAUUACACUACCCAUGACUACAUCCAAGGCGUACGCAAUAAGACGUUCCCCAGGAACAUCGACAUUCAAGUCGAGAUCGCAAAAGCUUGCAUCACUUACCUUGGGUUCGACGAUUUUGAGUCUGAGAGAUACACACACGGAAAAGAGCGUAUAGAAGUCAGCGAUGAAAUGCGUUCAAAGUAUCCCUUCCUUGAUUACGCUGGGAAAUACUGGGGCCAUCAUGCACUCCAUUUUGGCUUGGAGCGUCUUGCUAGCAACCUAGAAUGUUUUGACGACGAAGAGUCAGCUCCAAUAUGUGCGAUACGGUAUCGAAAGGCUACUCUAGUAUUCCUCUUCGUCGAACGUGGCGCAUACUGGCACGACAGUGCAGAAAACUUCGUAGUCGCUGAGUGUUCCCCCCAUAAGUUGGAGGGAAACGAGAACAUGGUGAGGAUAUUAGCCAAACAUGGAAUGACCAUAGACCUAGGCGUUGAUAACGGCGACUUCCUAUUCAUAUGGGCUUUGCUCAAAUGGAGUGGCGCAGAAGAACGCAGAGCGAUGCCUGAUUUGCUGGGUGAGCUCGGAGCCAAUUGUGACCCGCAGGAUCUCAAAUAUUGCACAUCUCUCAUAUGUGCAGUCAUUGGGGGCGACGACUUCGAUGUUCGUGGGCUACUAAAUGACAGUGUAGCUGUCAACGAAAAGAAUCGGCAUGGGAGAGACGCACUCAUCUACGCCGCAUUGGCGAGGCACGAGGCAGUAGUGGUACCGCUCCUUCAGGCAGGAGCAGACGUUCACUCAAGUGACGAAGAUGGCAUGACGGCUCUCUGCGCCGCCUGUAAACGCGGGAACGAGAGGAUAUUCAAGCGGUUGCUUGAAAGCGGGGCUGAUAUUUCGGCUCAGGAUCGGUUUGGACAAACGGCGAUGUCUAUCGCAACUGAAAGUGGGAAUGCGCCAGUUUUGGGGUUGUUACGUGACCAUGAGACCGGUGAUCACUCGGAAGCUGGAAUAGAAGCCGACACCAAAGCCGUGGUGGACGAAGUCCAACGGAAGGCAGAAAUCAACGAAGUGAUAGCUCUCUUCAUACGCGAUCGUGACGUCGGCUUGCCAGAGAACAAGUUUAUACAGGUAGUACGAAGGGAAACGAUAAGACGGGGAUAUGACAAGAUAGUACCAGCAAUUUGGGACGCAAUCCUCAAGGAGAAGGAGCGCGAAAACGAUCCUAUGAUCGUUGCAGAACAGGAUACUGAAGGAAGCUAG